AUGAAAGCUUUGAUGGAGUUCCGAAUGUUGACCAAGAUAGCGGUUUGUCAUUCGGGUCCAGUUACAAAGCAAGCCUACGAAUUACUAGCCAAUCGUGAAGCUAUGCCUUAUAUCGAAGCCGUCAUUUUGGGUGGUAACAGAGAUCAUCAGAGCGGUAUUGUCCCGCAGGCUCUGCUACAUCGAUUACCACAGUUACGUGUGAUAGGCACAUGGAAUCGAUGGCGCGAUUGUGAAUAUCACCUAUGGUGUAAUAUUAAAGCUUACAAAGAAUUACUAGACGUAUCAUGCUACGCCGAUUGUCCAGGAUGUGGAAAAGAUGUGAGCCUGAUUGACGAUGAUGAUGACAUCUCGUAG